AUACACUCGUGCCUAACGUGGUCCAACAGAAAACGACAACCUGAUGUCAACAGUAUUCAGUACUGAGCCUUAGCAACAACAAUACACACAUACUUCAGGUAUUAUUACUACUAGCUCAACUUCAGACCCUGUCAAGGAGCUGCUCUGCAAAACAUCUGAUAUUCAAAACAGAAAAAUGCAAAGUUGACCUACUCCACAAUAACCUCUACGCGGCCGGCGACUCGAGGCUACCGGGACGCUGAGGUCCGCGGCUACGUGGACGUGACCGAGCGUCGGCGCCGCUUUGCUGCACAGGUGCUCUCCGCCCUCCUCGCCGCCACGAGCCGCGCUCAUUCGCUCCCCUCCGCAGCCCGGAUGUAGCGCACAGGACCGCACAGUCCUCCACUCAGCGAGAAUAACAUGGCGCUGGCGGACACAUAACGGUGCCCACCACCACAAUAAUAACAAUAACAACCAUCCACGACGACGGAGCGAAAUAAACGACGGGACAUGUGAGCUGCUCGACCCCGGCGCAGGCAGGUUUGCCAGGUUUUCCAGGGUUUUCCAGCAUGUUUGGGAAGAAGAAGAAGCGGCUGGAGAUCUCAGCCCCGUCUAACUUUGAGCACCGGGUCCACACAGGCUUCGACCCGCGGGAGCAGAAGUUCACCGGGCUGCCGCAGCAAUGGCAGAGCCUGCUAGCGGACACUGCCAACCGGCCCAAGCCCAUGGUGGACCCGUCCUGCAUCACCCCCAUCCAGCUGGCGCCAAUGAAGAUAUCUCCCAAGAAAGUGCGGUCGUCUGAAACGCCGUUGCCCAAAACCAUCGUACGAGGGAACCGGCCUCCCAAAGACGCCUCCAUCAACGGCCUCCUCGAGGAAUUCGACAACAUCUCGGUGACGCGCUCCAACUCCUUGCGCAAAGAGAGCCCCCCGGGUCCGCACCAGGCCGGCUGCAGCUCCAAACCCCCCGGCAGCGCUCACCCCAACGCCCCGGAGGAGAACGGAUUCAGCCACUACUACUCCCGCUACUCCUGUGACCUCGACACCUCCAGCAGGGACUUCUCUCAGGAUCCCAGCAAGCCGGGCUUCUCCAUCGACGGGGACUGGGCCGUGGGCCGGCACUACAGAUUCACCAAACAGAAUGGCCACUCCCACCCCAUACGCAGCCCCUUCUACCCAGACGCCAUGCCCCAGAAGUCGGACUACGGCAAGCUGCCCCCAGACUACCACACGUACCUGGAGAGCAAGGGGCGCUCGGCCGACGAGGUGGCGUCCACGGUGGGGAGCGGGGUGGGCUCCAGCGGCUACUACAGAGCGUCCGUGGGGGGCUCGUCCAGCCAGGACUACCGGGACACCUCGGUGGGCACGCCGUCUCGCGCCUCGCUGCACAGCGAGCAGAUCAACUACCCCGACAGCGAGUGGAGCUACGGCGGCCUCCGGGACGAGUACGAGAAGCGGCCCAAGAGCUCCUACGUGACGCAGACCAGCCCCACGCCCGCGAUCAGGCAGCGGUCCCGGUCGGGGUCCGGGCUGCAGGAGCCCAACGUUCCGUACGCGGCCGGCGGGGGGUUCAAGAACCCCCCGCAGGCGCAUCCGUACAGCUCCUACACUUACCCGCGGCUCUCGGAAAGUCUCACCAACUCACAGACGUUAGCUAAGGGGGACUACGAUCGCCCAUCUCGUGACGGCAGCCCCCAGGUUGCGGGUGGCGACACCUACCCCCGAGGACCUCUUAAGCUACCUCAGAGCCACACCAAGCCCCCGGGGUACCCCCCCAUGCAUCUGCCCUACCCGCCUGUGUUUCACCAUUACAAACCCUCACCCUACCACCACCCCCCCUCCCAGCCCAGCCCGCCGUACACCCCCCAGGGGGCCUAUUCCCAGCCCUCAUCCCCCUACAUCCCCCCUGGGGCCUACCCGCCCCCUUCCUGGGGGUCCAGCUCUGACACUCAACCCUCCCGAGUCUCCCAUGAACAGUUUAGAGCUGCACUUCAGCUGGUCGUCAACCCAGGUGACCCCCGGGAAUACCUGGAUAGCUUUAUUAAGAUCGGCGAGGGCUCCACGGGCAUCGUGUGCAUUGCUAGUGAGAAGCACAGCGGCAAGCAGGUGGCGGUGAAGAAGAUGGACCUCAGGAAACAGCAGAGGAGAGAGCUGCUCUUCAAUGAGGUGGUGAUCAUGAGGGACUACCACCACGAGAAUGUGGUGGACAUGUACAACAGCUACCUGGUGGGAGACGAGCUGUGGGUGGUGAUGGAGUUUCUGGAGGGCGGGGCGCUCACCGACAUCGUGACGCACACCAGGAUGAACGAGGAGCAGAUCGCUACCGUUUGCCUGUCGGUGCUCAGGGCUCUGUCCUACCUGCACACGCAGGGCGUCAUCCACCGCGACAUAAAGAGCGACUCCAUUCUCCUGACCAGCGACGGCAGGAUCAAGCUAUCAGACUUCGGCUUCUGUGCCCAAGUUUCCAAAGAGGUGCCUAAGAGGAAGUCCCUGGUGGGAACGCCCUACUGGAUGGCACCGGAGGUCAUCUCUAGACUGCCUUACGGGACUGAGGUUGACAUCUGGUCUCUGGGGAUCAUGGUGAUCGAGAUGGUGGACGGAGAGCCGCCCUACUUCAACGAGCCCCCUCUGCAGGCCAUGAGGCGGAUACGGGACAACCUGCCGCCGCGGCUAAAGGAGUCGCACAAGGUGUCCUCGGUGCUGCGCUCCUUCCUGGACCUGAUGCUGGUGCGGGAGCCGUCGCAGCGGGCCACGGCCCAGGAGCUGCUGCAGCACCCCUUCCUCAAGCUGUCGGGGCCGCCUUCCUGCAUCGUGCCCCUCAUGAGACACUACCGGCACCGCUGAGCCGCCGGCGCCGCCCGGCCCACCCCACUCUGAGAACACGCCUCACUGCACACACGCCACCAGGGCGGCCGCCGUCGCCCAGCCAGAGCGGCCCCGGCGCCCGGGGCCGGGCCACUAACACUCACCUGUAAUUGUGACGUAGAUUACAUAGAGGAAUAUCUAAGAAAGACACUUUAAAACGAAAAAAAAAAAAAAAACAAGCUACUGUUUCACAACCCGAGAGCUGACGUAGCGCACGGCGCCAGGAUCGACUGGACGCCCGCUCCCCGUUCGUUCUGCUGCAGUCACGUCUCUUCCCCAGAGCCUCCGGCUCCGCAGGGAGCCGCGGCCCAGAGGCGGCGCCCGCCUCCGGGCCGGAUCCGACGGCUGCUCCAUCGGAUCGCUCGCCUCGCGCACUAACGGUGAAAAUGUAUUUUAGAGAAACUUGUAAGUUUUUCUGUACAGUUUUGGUAAUUUGCAGUAUUUUAUUGUGUCGUAACCAUUGUGAUAUGAGCAGUAUUAAAUAGUUUCUGCAGAGAUCUUUCCUACUGUUUAUAAUCCGAUUUUUGCUUAAAAAAUAAUGAGAGAAAUCCCAAAUAAACCCCCUAAACCUACCUGUUACUAGAAAUACUAAAUAUAUUUAUUAUCUUACAUUUGUAGACAGAACUUCCAUUAAAUGUUGGGGAAAAGGGUAACGUCAGAAUUUUGUAUGUUUAAAGUAUUUAUUUAUUUAUUUAUUGCAACGUUUGCUUUUCUGGGGGUAGCGUGGCCUUUUUCUGUUCAUUUCUAUCUGUUGGCUUUUCGUUAAGGGUUCUAAUAAGCGCAGCGGCAAACAGUGAUAUGAGCUGAUGUCUCAUCCCAGCUUUACCCUCCUCCUAUUUAUAAGGUCGCCAUGCCCUGUAUUUAUGACACUGUAACUACACCAUGCAUUUAAAUGUAGCACACACUGAGUGGACUUGACCAAAAAAGAAAAGUUCUUCUACACAAACCUGUUUUCUUUUCUAUUAGGAGCCUCGUCCCUAUUCAUAGCUUCGUAUCUGAGUCUCCCGCCUAGAUGUACCACACAGAUUUCAGGAUGCUGAUAAAAGGUCUUGUUUUCUUCUCACAUCCUCACCGUCUCAGUCAGACACACACUCGCGAUCACCCGAAACCAUGCUGUCACCCCCAUGUCUGGUCGGACCGGGACAACAGUGUAAUCCUCCUCCUCCCUGCAUCGUUUUGACUCAUCACUCACUGUGAUAUGUAAAUAUGACUGUGCGUAUGUCAGAGUGUGUCUGUGUGUUUAGAAGAGGUGCAUCAGUGUGUGUGUGUGUGUGUGUGUGUGUGUGUGUGUGUGUGCGUGCGUAGCCCGUGACAACGUGUCGGGACCUGAAUGAGUAACACUUAUCUGUGGUGUUGGACAGUACAGUGAUAUUGCAUGUUUGUUAUCAGUGGAGCUGGUUUCAAUUAAAAAACGCCCAUAAAAACA